AUGGCUGGUGCUGCAUGGAAGGGUGAAGUGGUAAGGGUUCAGCAAGACAGCAGUCUACCCAUUACCAGCAGAUGCAACCGCAUUCUGGAGAUCCUGAAGCAGAAUGGCCUAUGCUACAGACAAUGCAUUGAGCCAAAGAUGAUUCUGGUGCAUGUGAAGAACAGAGGUGGGCAACUAGUGUCUGUGUCUGAUGUGCACAGCAAAGGUGCAGUGAUGGCUCAGAUUGGUUUCUCCAUGGCCAAAAUUGGAGAAUCAAUUUGUUUUGAAUUGCCAUCUGCUAUGGCAGACAAAGACCAAGUGAUAGAGACCAACAGGUCUUUGGCCCAGCUGUCCCAGAACCAGCUGUGUGAGCCACUUGGUUGUGAAAGGUUUGCCUCAGUGCCCAGCAGCCACUUGGUGACUUUCCUGAGGGCAGUGCAGGCUGGCUGCAAGACUACAGAGCCUGAGAUCAGCACUGGUGGCUACCUGUCACUGGACUCAAUGUGCCAGAAGAAGGAUGGCUUGAAGGAGAUGGUCAUUACAGGAUGGGAAUGGCAGGUGAUUGACAGCCAGGUUGAGUCCGCUUGCCCUGAACUUCCACAAUUCCUGGCCCAAGCACUGAACUCUGACCAUGCUGUUAAAACAGCAGCCAAUGAGUUGGAAACUGCUUGCAACAUUGCAAGCAUCUAUGAGUUGCAGGCCACCACCUCCAAGAACCUCAAGAAGGCCCAGGAAGCAGCUAUGGCUUCUAGACCAGCCUGUGCCAACUACAUUGCUGCCAUCACUGCCUUUGUGAAGCAGUUCACUGGUGGUGAUGCGUUUCCUUUGCUGAAGCUACUCCAGCCCAUUGGCAAACAAUAUGGUAGUUCUACAGUUUGGGGCCAGGAAUUUACUGAAUUGCUGGCCUACACUGACCUCAAGUGCCCAACUACCACCUACCCUUGGAUUCGGUUGGCAAUGGCAGCCUGCCACAUGUGUGCUCCCAAGCAAUACAUUAGAGAUGGCAUCUCCAGGCUGCUGACCUCUGCAGAUUUUUCCAAGCUGAAGCAGAAAGGAAUGGCUGUGCAAUUGGCAGCUGCUGAGAAGCUUCUGAAUGAAGCUUGGCCUUUGUGUGGUCAAAGUUCACUUACCUUGGACCAGCAAGCUCAGCCCAUGGGCCGCUACUUGACCAGGUUGGCUUUGUUCCUGGUUGGCAAAGGUUCUAAAGGGCCUGAAGGAAAGAAUUACAAGCAGUUUGAAGACAUCACAGAGCUCUUCACUCAAGAGCUGAUGAACAUGAAGGCCCAUGGCUCCAUGGACUUGGCAGAGCAGUUGCCAUCCAGCAGUGCCAGUGUAGACAAAGCAGUGCAGCCAACUGCUUUGGAGGCUAAUUCAGACCCUGCCCUAAUUGCAUUGGCGCAUUUCAAGAAUUUGGAAGUGGGAAAACACUACACCUUUGCCACAGAUCCUCUGAAGGUAUACAAAUUCGAAAGCAUUAGUGCCACCACAGCUGUGCUUCUACACAAGCCAUUUUUUGGUGCCCUUGAAAGAUUAGAAGUGGAACGCAAGGACUUGGAAGGCUUGAGGGCUAGGGAAAAGUCAGUUCUCAGUUUGCAGCCAGCUGCCACCCUGACUGCCUUGCAGCCCAGUGCUUGCUUGAUGGCUGAGUUUGGAAGGGCCAAAGCCCAACAUUGGCUCUACCAGAAGUACCAUGAGCUGGGUGACUUCAAUGUUGUGGUGUCCACUACUUCCCAGCUCUUUGCCAACUCCAAGUUCAACAAAAACGAUUUGGUGUUGCUUCCACUUGGCCAAGUGAUUUUACAGAAAAAGGACAAGAUCAACAAGAGUUCUGUUGUGCUUCAGAUGACUGGCUGGAAAUUUGAAGAAGUUUUGGAGGUGACACAUACCAAGUGCAACUUUGAGAAGAAGAGUGGCCACUGGUGUCCAUUCUAUUGGUGCAAAGAGGCCAAAGAUGACAAGGGCAAAGAUGAUGCUACCUGUGAGAAAGCCACCUUGACCAGAGCGACUGUGAAGCACCAUGAGCUGACCAUUCCUUGCCUGAAGAGCAAGGUGGCCCUGCAGAUUGGCAACCUUGUGUCUGUUGGUCCUGGUGGAAGGAAGCUUCUGAAGAUACAGGGCAGCCAUCCCCUGGUGUGCAGAUUGGUGGCAGCAGACAACCUGGAAGCUUUGAAGACCUGCAAGAACCCUAGCCUUUGCCAGGGAGAUGCUUUUGAUUCUUUGAGGAAGAAGCAAGAAGAGGCUUUGCACAAAGCCUUGUCUGAGGCAAAGGAGGAGGAAGAGAAGGAGAAGGACUUGCUCAAGGUUGAGAAGCCUCCCAAAAAGAAGCUCAAGCUUUCCAGUGGCCCUGACUUUUUGACCUUGAACUUAGAUGGCAAUGGCAUUGAGGUCCUCAAGCCCGGCACUUGGAAGGACAAAGAUGUUUCUGUUCUGCUGGAUGCUGGCUGUCACUUUUGA